GCCCUGCUGUUUGGGCUUAAGCCCCACCCAUUAGUGAGACAACAUCUCAGGGAGAGGAACUCACCACACAACUAACCAAAUGCAGCACGCACAUGCACCAUCACACACAUUCACAAACGCAGUCUGAACUUUCGACACAUAUCGGAGCCAACAUCCUGACUUACGCUCGCUGUGGACCGUGGAGCAGCUGUCUGCGCGCUGAAGACUCAGACCAGAGCAGACAUCCAUUAGAAUAAAGAUGGAAACUGCUCAGGAACGCAAGCCAAAAAGACCUCACUAUAUUCCCCGACCGCCAGGCAAGCCUUUCAAGUACCAGUGUUUCCAGUGUCCUUUCACCUGCAACGAAAAGUCCCAUCUCUUCAACCACAUGAAAUAUAACUUGUGUAAAAACUCCAUCUCCUUGCUGUCACAGAAAAAUGGGCAAACAGCCCGAAGGGUCAAAGCUGGAGUAAAGGGAGACACGGUCAAAUCUAAGGACUGUCAAAGCCCACCACCAGUAGUUCAGAACAAUAUUCCUGAGACACAGGGAACUGAGGAGAACAAAGCUGAGAGCAGAGAUGACACAGAAGAAGUUGACGUUGAGUGUGACAGUCCAGUCAAUAAAGACAGCCAGAGUGUGGAAAAAUCAAAUACAGUAAUGGAGGGAGAGAACAUGGAGAGCAAUGAGUCUCUGCCGCGCCCAUCUGCCUUCUACCCUGUCACACCCAAAAGUGACGAAGCAGAAGCCUUUAAGUCGGAGGAAUCACAAGCUCCUGUGCCCACUUUCAACCACCCAGGCUUUCCAUGGGGCCCGAUUUCAUCAUCAAUUCCCUUAAAAUCAUUCACCCCUACCAUGGUUGCUGAAUACUCUCCUUAUCUCCUGUCUGACCGUUCCCUGUAUCCACCCUACUACCUCCCAGCAAACCACCAUGCAAAUGAGCCAAACUCUCCUUCUUUCCGGCCAGAAUUUUCGGAUCCCCAGAGGCCUGUGGUGCCACAACCAAUUGCCCCACCUCACACUUCACUCUUUCCCCCACAUCCAUACAGAUACUGCCACCCUUUUCACCCGGGCCCCCCUCUGAAUUUUGGCCUGUACAGACCCCAUGAGAUCUCCAUGCAAAUUACAGGGUCCAGAUAUCUACCACUGGAUUUGUAUGGCCCAACGCUUGGGCCUAAGGAUUAUGACAUAUACAUGCAUUCACGUCCCAGUCACAACAGCCUCAACACAUCUACACAAGAGGAGAACAACAACAGGCAAAGUGAAGACAAGGAAACCAGGCUGAGUCCUAUAGAAGGCUGUUCAGCCUUGGGGUCCCCUGACAGACCCAGUCAUGCACACAUCAUCCAAAGAGACACAGAGGCCCCACACUACAUGAGAGACUCACAGACAGUCACCCAACUAGGACACACAGCUGCAGCCACCCAACCCAUCAAAACUGACUUAAGACACGAGGAGUCUGCAGAAAGCUUGCAGCAGUUAGGAUCUCUGCACGUGGAUGGAGGACCAUCAGAGAGUAGCAGAUAUUCCUCUAUGCCUCUUUCUAAACCAUAUCCUGAAACUACACCAGACCAAAAUGAUGAGGACAACAGAGAUGAUCUGGCCCCACUAAACCUCUCAACAAGGAAUCAGGACAAAGAAAGUAGUCCUUCUGACCACAGACUGAGGGUCUCAGACAGAGAGAAAACAAAUGGGGAAGAGUUACCUCUGAACCUCAGUCUGCGAGCUUCUUAUAGCAGCCCUGUUCACAGCUCCACCUUGAGCACUUUAAAAGAUCUUCAGCACAGGCCAGAUACUGAGCUGGAUGAAGAACGAUGUGACCAGAGGCGGACUGCAGCACUGGCACUCUGCCAGCUAGCCACUGCAAGUUCUGCUGCCUCUUUGUGGGACUUGAGUCCUGCAGAUAGGCCCUCAGAGGAUUCCACAGACACUAAAAGUUCUGGUUUUCCAAAGAAGACCAAACGCACAACCAAGGCUAAGAAAACUGUUAUAAAAAGAGCAAACAGUGGGCAGUCUGAAAACAAAAGCCAUGCACCAAACAAGAGAGCAAAGGCACCAGGGCGGGUUCUGAGGAGGAGGCCGCGCUGCUCCUAAACUCUGACUGUUAUAACAUUUUGUACAAAAGGACAGAGUAUAUACAACCUUCAGCCAAAAAAAGAUCAACAUAUUGAAUGUAAUUAAUAAUUAAAACGUCUAUCACACAGCCACAAAGUCAACUGUAAAAAAUAAUCAUUGCAAAGGCAUGAUGUGCAUAUUUUGUCUUGUUCUCAAACUUGA